CUGCGUGCUGACACCCGGGAGCGGAGCUGGGGGAAGUGGCAGGAGCUGGUGCCGGCGCUGGGAGACGCGGGGGAGAGGCGGCGGAGCGAGGCUGAUGAUCCCCGCUGCUGCCCUGGCCAGCCUCCUGCCGUGACCCUGGGAAGGUGGCGAUGGAGGGGUUCAGGGGAGCCCCCAGGUUCCUGGCCUAUCCACGUGCCUUCACGGUACAAAGUGGCGCUGACGCGGUCCUGAGCUGCCAGAUCACGGGCGACCCCCAGCCAAGCAUCCUCUGGGAGAAAGACAAAACCCCGAUCGAGCCCUCAGACCGCUUCCACGUGGAGGCCAAGGGGGACCUGUACAGCCUGCUGGUGUCCCAUGCCACCCCCCAGGACAGCGGCCUCUACAUCUGCAAGGCCAGGAACAGUGUUGGCGAGACCUACGCCGCCGCCACGCUCAAGGUGGAGGUGGGGGAGCCCCUGCAGGAGGAUGGAUGCUCGGGUGGCGAGGCACCCACCUUCCUUGUGGCCCCCUCAUCCACACGGGUGUGCCGAGGGGAGGACGUGAUGUUCACCUGCAGGGUGUCCGGCCAGCCCUGCCCGGUGCUGGAGUGGGAGAAGGAUGGGCGCAAGCUCUCCGACCUCUUUGAGAGCAGCCACUUUGAGGUGGGGAAGGAGCCGGAGGACUGGCACUUUCUGAAGCUGUUCGGCACCCGGCCCCCGGACGGGGGGGUCUACGUGUGCCGGGCACGCAGCGGUUCCCGGGAGGCCCUGGCUGCUGCCGUGCUCCUGGUUGAACCACGGGCACCACCGGAGGGGCUCCCCAACGGCUGUCCUGCUGAUGGCCCCCAGCUGCUGGUGGAGCGGCAGCAGCGGCGACGGUGGCACGUGGUGGGACGGCACACAGGACCGGAGACCCAGGUGCCCAACGGCAUGGUGCCAGCCGGGGUGCCGGGGGCUAAGGUGUUCGCCGUGAGUGCGGGAAAGCAUGCCAAAUUUCGCUGCUACGUCACCGGCAAGCCCAAGCCAGAGAUCAUCUGGCAGAAGGAUGGUGAGCCCCUCAUCCCCGGACGCAGGCACCUUGUCUACGAGGACCGGGAGGGCUACUUCAUCCUCAAGGUGCUGUACUGCAAACCCCAGGACCAGGGGCUGUACAUCUGCACCGCAUCCAACACUGCCGGCCAGACUCUCAGCGCGGUGCAGCUCCAGGUGAAAGAGCACCGGCUGCGGUUCCAGGUGCAGCUGGCAGACGUGGAGGUGGCGGAGCGGGAGGACGCCGUGCUGGAGUGCCAGGUGCCGCUGGAGACCAUCCCCACCGCCUGGUACCUGGAGGACAGGGAGCUGCAGCCCAGCCACAAGUACGUGAUGGAGGAGCGAGGCGUGGUACGACGCCUGACCAUCCGUGACGCCCGCACCGAUGACGAUGGCAUCUACCUCUGCCAGAUGAAGGACAAGGGGCGCAGCAUCGCUGAGGUCUCCGUCCGAGGGGUGAUCACGAAGCGGCUGCCACGGAAGUUGGACGUGAUGGAGGGGGAGAAUGCCGUCUUCUGUGUGGAGACGCGGGAGGUGUCGGAGGGGAUCUGCUGGAGCCGGGACGGGCUGCAGCUGCGGGAGUCGCCCCGCACUGUGCUGAAGAGCUUCGGCAGGACACACCUCCUGGUGCUGGUGCACGUCACUCGCCAGGACGCUGGCAUCAUCUCCUUCGCCGUCGGGGAAUCACAGUCGUGCUCCCAGCUCCGGGUCAAGUGUGUGAAGCGUGACCCCCCAAGCGCGCCGGUGGCAGCCCAGAUGAGCGUGGCGGAGAGCAAUGCUGCCCUGCUGACCUGGUGCCCAGCUCCCGAUGCCCACCUCCGCCCCCCUGGCCGCUACCUGCUGGAGCGGCGGGAGGUGGCCGGGGGCGAGUGGGUGCAGUGCCUCGCCACCGACCUGCCCGGCCACGUACGGGUGCUGGGCGACAGCGUGCCCCGCGAGGCCGACUACUGCUUCCGCGUCUGCGCCGCCAACAAGCAUGGCCGGAGCUGCCCCGUGGAGUUCCCUGGCUCCGUGCAUCUCGCCCCAGCAGCUCACCUGGAGAAGGGUCUGCAGGACGUGUGGGUGCGGGAUGGCGAGGACGCGCGGUUCUCCCUGGAGCUGUCGGCCGCGGUGCUGGGCGCUUGGUUCCUCAACGGCGCCAGGCUGGGCGAGGAGGAGGAGGAGGAUGCUGUGGGAGGCCGGUGCAGCGUGCAGCGCCAUGGGACCGAGCACUCGCUGCUGAUCCGGGGAGUGCGGGUGGCUGAGAGCGGGGCCCAGGUCACCUUCAUGUCCGGCAGCGUGCGGGACUCAGCCACACUGCACGUGGAAGCCCCGCAGGUCUGCAUCACUCCACUGCCUGAGGCCGAGCGUCUCCGGGAGGUGUCAUCGGGGCUGCCCGUGCUGCUGGAGUGCCAGGUGUCCCCCCCGGGUGCCCCCGUCCGCUGGCUGAAGGAUGGCGAGGCCGUGCCCCUGGAUGACGUUAUCGCAGUGCAGGCAGAGGGCUGCGUGCGCAGGCUGCUCCUCCGCUCGGCAGGUCCCACCGACACCGGCGUGUACACCUGCGACGCUGGGGACGAUGCUGUGAACUUCGUGGUGACCGUGACCGAGGCACCGGUGAGAAUCCUUGGCUCCAACGAGGAGGCCCCCCAUGCUUACACGGCCGGGCAGCGCGUGGAGCUGUGGUGCCAGCUGUCCCGUCCGGCGGCCCCGGUGCGCUGGUACAAGGAUGGGGAGGAGGUGGAGGAAGGCGAGAGUCUGGUGCUGGAGCAGGAGGGGCCGCGGUGCCGGCUGGUGCUGCCCUGCGCCCGGCCGCAGGACGCCGGGGAGUUUGUCUGCGAUGCUGGCGGGGACUCCGUCUUCUACACUGUCACCGUGGCAGAGGCACCGGUGAGAAUCCUUGGCUCCAACGAGGAGGCCCCCCAUGCUUACACGGCCGGGCAGCGCGUGGAGCUGUGGUGCCAGCUGUCCCGUCCGGCAGCCCCGGUGCGCUGGUACAAGGACGGGGAGGAGGUGGAGGAAGGCGAGAGUCUGGUGCUGGAGCAGGAGGGGCCGCGGUGCCGGCUGGUGCUGCCCUGCGCCCGGCCGCAGGACGCCGGGGAGUUUGUCUGCGAUGCUGGCGGGGACUCCGUCUUCUACACUGUCACUGUGGCAGCCCCACAGGUCCGCAUCGCCCCUGUGCCUGAGGCACAGCAGCUCCAGGAGGUGCUGGCAGGGCUGCCCGUGCUGCUGGAGUGCCACGUGUCGCCCCCAGAGGCCCCCGUCCACUGGCUGAAGGACGGUGAGGCUGUGGUCCCCACCAAGGUCCUGGCCAUUUGCUCAGAGGGAUGCUCGCGGAGGCUGCACAUCCCUGCAGCCGCGCCGUCUGACUCAGGGACGUACACCUGUGAUGCCGGGGACGAUGCCACCAGCUUUAGGGUGACCGUGAGCGAGGCACCCGUGAGGAUCGUUGGCUCCAACAAGGAGGCCCCCCACACCUACGUGGCUGGGCAGCACGUGGAGCUGUGGUGCCAGCUGUCCCACCUUGUGGCCCCCGUGCACUGGUACAAGGACGGGGAGGAGGUGGAGGAGGGCGAGAACCUGGUGCUGGAACAGGAGAGGCUGCGGUGCCGGCUGGUGCUGCCCUGCGCCCGGCUGCAGGACACGGGGGAGUUCAUCUGCGAUGCCGGGGAUGCGUCUGUCUCCUACCACGUCUUGGUGGCAGAGCCGCCGGUGAGGAUCCUGCACCCUCCCCAGCGCUCGCUGGAGCUGCUGGCACAGGCGCCAGGGCGCGUGGAGCUGCGGUGCGAGCUCUCCGUGCCGGACGCUCCCGUGCGCUGGUUCAAGGACGGGCUGGAGGUGGAUGAGACCAACAACCUGCUGCUGCUGGCGGAGGGGGCCUGGCGCUGCCUCCUCAUCCCCAGGAGCAGCGCGGAGGACAUGGGCGAGUACAUCUGCGAGACCAAGGAUGAGGCCGUCUCCUUCGACGUCAGGGUGUCAGAGCUGCCGGUGAGGAUCCUGCAGCCCCUUAGACCUCCCCCUGUCGUGACGGUGUCCCCGGGGGAGACGGUGAUGCUGGGCUGUGAGCUGUCCUGUGCGGAUGCGCCCGUGCGCUGGGACAAGGAGGGCGUCAGGCUGGAGGCUGGGGGCAGCCUGGUCCUGGAGGAGGAGGGUGCCCACCGCCGCCUGGUCAUCCCUGCCGCUCGAGCCGAGCACUCUGGAAAAUACAUCUGCGCCGCCGCCGAUGAUACAGUGACCUUCACUGUCCAAGUGUUGGACCCGCUGGUCAGGAUCCUGGAGAGGGACGUCCUGCCGACCCACCGGCAUUGCCAGGCCAUGGAGGACCUGGUGCUGGAGGUGCACCUCUCGCACGCCCACGGGGAGGUGAAGUGGUACAAGGAUGGGGAGAAGCUGCAGGACACGGGGCGCGUGCGGCUGGAGGAGGACGGGACACGCCGCUCCCUCGUCAUCCUGGGCGCCACAGGCAGGGACGCGGGGGAGUAUCUCUGCGACACCGGGGAUGACAGCAUCGUCUUCUUUGUCACCGUGGAAGUCCCAGAGCCACCUGUGACCAUCGUGGGCAGCACAGGCACUGUGGAGCAUCGCUGCCUGGUGGCUGGGGAGGACUUGGUGCUGGCUUGUGAGCUCUCCCGGCCUGAUGCCACCGUGUGCUGGCUCCGGGAGGGCCAGGAGGUGCAGCCGGGUGAGCGGGUACAGGUCGAGGCCCGUGGGGUGCUGCGGCAGCUCACCAUCCAUGGGGCACAGCCCAGCGACUCGGGGUGCUACAUUUGCGACGCUGCCAGCGACCGCGUGGUGACGAGCGUGGAGGUGUCGGCCAGGCCCGUGCGCAUUGUCAACAAGGAGGAGGCGCAGAGCCCGCUGGAGGUGCUGGAGGGGGACAGCGUGACGCUGGUGGCCCGGCUGUCCCCGGAGACGGCGGUGGUGCAGUGGCAGAAGGACGGGCAGACGCUGCGCUCGGGUGGGCGGCUGCUGGUGUGCAGCGAGGGCCCCGCACGCAGCCUCACCAUCAAGCAAGCGGAGCUGGGCGACGGCGGCAUCUUCCUCUGCGAUGCUGGUGAUGACGAGGUGUAUUUCACGCUGCACGUGAAAGAGGCACCCGUGCUGUUUGUGAACAAACGGGAGGAACGGGAGAAGCUGCUGGUGCUGGAGGGCAGCAGUGCUGUGCUCUCCGCCGUUACCUCCUCAGAGCGAGCCGAUGUCACCUGGCUGGGCCCGCAGCAGGCAGUGGUGGCCAGCGACCGCUGCGAGCUGCGGCGGGACGGCCGCGUGCACAGCCUUGUCCUCUGCAACGUGGCCAAGGAGGACGCUGGCGUCUACACCUGCCUCUCCCCCCAUGACCAGAUGCAGUUUGACGUGAGCGUCCGAGAGCUGCGGGUGAAGUUCCUGCGGGGGCUGUCGGACGUGCGAGCGCGGCAGGGCGAGCGGGCGGUGCUGUGGUGCGAGCUCUGCAAGGCACGGGGCGACGUGGUGUGGCGGAAGGACGGGCGGGCGCUGGCGCCCGGCCCCCGCCGGCAGAUGGUGGCGGAGGGGCGAGAGCGCUCGCUGGUGCUGAGCCGCGUGGAGCCUGAGGACGCCGGCGAGUACUGCUGCGAGUCCAAUGACGACCGGACGCUGGCGAUGCUGACGGUGCAGGUUCCCAGGGUAGUGGAGAUCAUCACGGAGCUGCAGAACCUGACGGUGCUGGAGGGGGAGGACGCCACCUUCAAGUGCCUGGUGUCCCCCGAGGAUGUGGCUGUGACCUGGCAGCUGAACGGCCAGCCCGUGGUCCCUGGCAGGCGGCUGCUGGUGACAAGGAGCGGGCUGUGCCACAGCCUUACCCUCCAGCAGUGCCAGCUGGGCGACGCGGGCACUGUGAUGGCCAAUGCCGAGGGGCUGGUGACCACGGCUCGGCUGAACGUGCAAGAGGCGCAGGUGCUGUUCGUGCGGAAGCUGCAGGACGUGGUGGCAGAGGAGCAGGGGGACGCGUGCCUGGAGGUGGAGGUGAGCCACGAGGCCGCCGAGGUGCAGUGGCUGAAGCAGGGCGUCCUUCUCCAGCCGGGCAGCAAGUACCAGCUGGAGGAGUCGGGGUGCCGGCGCACCCUCACCAUCCGCUGCCUCGGCCUCGCCGACCGCGGCACCUACCGCUGCGAGAGCCUGCACGACCGCACGCAGGCCAAGCUCUGCGUGGAGCCCCGGAAGGUGUCGAUCCGGACACCAUUGGUAGACGUGGAGACCUUCGAGAAGGAGACGGCCACCUUCCACCUGGAGCUGUCUCACCCCAGCGUGCCUGGGGUCUGGACGCGGGAUGGCAUCCGGGUGAAGCCCAGCAGCACGUGCCGGAUCAGCGCCACGGGCUGCGGGCACAGCUUGACGCUGGAGCGGCUGGCGCUGGAGGACUCGGGCACCGUCACCUUCACUGCUGACACCCUGCGCUGCAGCGCCCGCCUGCUUGUGCGGGAGCCUCCAGUCACUAUGGUGAGGGUCCCACGGGACCUGGGGGUCCCAGAGACAGGGGUCGCCAGCUUCGAGUGCGAGCUGUCUCGCCCCAGCGCGGAGGUGAAGUGGUUCAAGGACGGGCAGGAGCUGCGGCCGGGGCCCCACUGCCGCAUCUACUCAGCGGGUCGGCGCCGCGUCCUGCAGCUGAGCCGCUGCGAGCUGGCCGAUGCCGGCACCUACACCUGCGACGCGGGCGACUGCUGGGCCUCCGCCACACUGCACGUCCAGGAGCGCCAGGUCCGCAUCGUGCAGGACCUGCAGGAUGCCCAGGUGCGGGAGGGUGACAACGCCAUCUUCACCUGCGAGGCGUCGCAUGGAGACGUGAAGGGCGAGUGGUUCCAGGACGGGGAGAAAAUCAAGGUCUCCAGCAUGGUGAAGAUACGUCAAGAAGGGACCCGGCAUUUCCUGCUGCUCUGCAGUGUGCGCCCCGAGGAUGCAGGACUCAUCCGCUUCUCGGCCGGGACGGCCACCUCGGAGGCCAGCCUGCGGGUGGAAGCGCUGCCCAUCCGCAUUGUGAAGCCGCUGCGGGACAAGACAGUGCUGGCGCGGCACAAGGCGACGCUGGAGUGCACCGUGUCCCACGCCCGGGGCCGGGUGCGCUGGCUCCGUGGGGACACCGAGAUCUUUGCCGGUGACAAGUACGAGAUCUGCAACCUGGACUGCUACCGCACGCUCAUCAUCCACCGCGUGGGCCCCGAGGACGAGGACUCGUACACCUGCGAUGCCUUCGAUGACCGCUCCACCGCCCGGCUCCUCGUGGAGGGGAGCUAGGAGCCAGCAUGUGGCACCCAGGGACUGCACACACAUGGAUGGAUGCUGCUGCUGGGAGAUGGGGCUCAUGCUUCCACUGGGAUGUAUGGACACACAGACAUCACCCCUAGCCUGCUCUGGCGUCAGGGCUCUGCAUUAAACAGCAUUUU